GGUGGCGGUAGGGUCUUGCUCGGGACAGUUGGGCACUCCCUUCGCUACUGGAGGGGAACAGGAUAUUAUUGAUGUGCUUCAUGACAUGGAAGACAGGAACCUGAAGGAAUAAUAUUGUGUUCAAUAGAUGUUAAUAUUUUAUUAGAAGUUGAUUCUGGUAAAAUCGGACUAACGCAUCCCAUUGCACCCUCCAUUAUCCAUCCAUCAUGAGUUCCCGGGUUGUGAACAGGAAAGGAGGGCUGCGGUACUGCCACCACUUCCUCACAGACAACAGCAUCUUUCAUGUGGAGCGAUGUAUGAGUGCCAUGCAGUCGGGGACACAGAUGGUGAAGUUGAAGGCAGGUUCCAAGGGGCUGGUGAGACUGUUCUACCUGGACGAACAUCGCUCAUGCAUCCGAUGGAGACCCUCACGCAAGAGCGAGAAGGCCAAGAUCACUAUUGAUUCGCUGUACAAGGUGACGGAGGGCCGUCAGUCAGACAUCUUCCACCGCCAUGCGGAGAACAGUUUCGACCCGGCCUGCUGUUUCACCAUUUAUCAUGGCAACCACAUGGAGUCCCUGGACCUGGUGACCUCUAACACUGAGGAGGCUCGGACCUGGGUGACAGGACUACAAUAUCUAAUGGCUGGCAUCAGUGACGAGGACUCACUGGCCAAACGACAACGGACACAUGACCAGUGGAUGAAGCAGACAUUUGAGGAGGCUGAUAAGAACGGAGAUGGUCUGUUGAACAUGGAGGAGAUCUACCAGCUACUGCACAAGAUGAACGUCAACCUGCCCCGCAGGAAGGUCAAACACAUGUUCCAGGAAGCGGACUCGGAUGACCAACAGGGCACGUUGACAUUUGAGGAGUUCAGUGUGUUUUAUAAGAUGAUGUCUCUGCGGCGGGACCUGUAUCUGCUGCUCAUGGGAUACAGUGACAGGAAGGACCACCUGACUGCCGACGAGCUGGCCAACUUCCUGCUCAAUGAACAGAAGAUGGUGAAUGUGACUACAGAGUACUGUCUGGAUGUCAUUGAAAAGUUUGAGCUGUCUGAAGAGAACAAACAGAAAGGCAUUCUGGGAAUUGAGGGUUUCACCAGUUUCAUGCGCAGCCCCACGUGUGAUGUGUUUAACCCUGAACACCAUGAGGUGAACCAGGACAUGGAUCAGCCUCUGAGUAGCUACUACAUCUCCUCGUCUCAUAACACCUACCUGACGGGAGACCAGCUGCUGUCUCACUCCAAGACAGACAUGUACGCCUGGGUACUACAGGCUGGCUGCCGCUGUGUGGAGGUGGACUGUUGGGAUGGUCCUGAUGGAGAGCCCAUGGUUCAGCAUGGUUACACUCUGACCUCCAAGAUCACCUUCAAGUCUGUCAUAGAGACCAUCGAAAAAUACGCCUUCAUCAGCAACCAGUACCCAGUGAUCCUGUCCAUAGAGAACCAUUGUAGCAUCCAACAACAGAAGAAGAUAGCCCAGCACCUCAGAGAGAUCCUGGGAGACAAGCUGGACCUGGGAGAGGCCCUCCGCAGAGACUCUAUACAGCUACCCAGCCCCCACUCUCUACAGGGGAAGAUACUCAUCAAGGGGAAGCGUCUCCCUCCCUACCUGUCUGUGGAUGUUGAGGAGGGGGAGGUGUCAGAUGAUGACGACAGUGCUGAUGAGAUUGACGACAACUUUAAACUGAAGAACAGCAAUAGUAAUGGUAACCACCAAGUGGAAAGUUACAUCAGGAAGAAGUUGGACUCUCUGUUGAAGGAGUCUCAGAUUGGAGACAAGGAGGACACAGACAGCUCCAGCAUCAGAGCCCUGCUCAGAGCCACACACCAACAGCUAAAUGUGCAUUUUAAACAAAGCUCUAAUCCCAAAGAGGGACUUAAAAAAUCCCAAAGUCGAUCAUUCAUCAGCAACAUCAAGCAAAAGAGACACUCUAAAUCCAGGCUGAAGUCCCAGAGUACCGAUGGAGAGGAGGAAGGACAGGAGACCUCUGGGAAAGAGGCGGGAGGACAGAUCACCAGGGGAGGGAGGAACAGGAAGACGAUGAAGCUGAGUAGAGAUCUGUCAGACCUGGUUGUUUUCACUAACUCUGUGGCCUCUCAGGAGGGACUGGACGACAGUACUCCGAGGAAUGUUCUGUCGUUCAGUGAGACUCGUGCCCAGCAUCUAGUGAACCACAGAGCUGAGCGCUUCCUGUGUUUCAACCAGCGACAGCUGUCUAGAAUCUAUCCCUCAGCCUACCGUAUAGACUCGUCCAACUUCAACCCUCAGCUCUACUGGAAUGUGGGCUGUCAGCUGGUGGCUCUGAACUACCAGACAGAGGGUCGGAUGAUGCAGCUGAACAGAGCCAAGUUCAUGAUGAACGGUGACUGUGGCUACGCCCUCAAACCUCCACCCAUGUGUAAAGGCUCGUUCAACCCGUUCAGUGACGACCCCCUCCCUGCCUACCCCAAGAAACAGCUGGUGUUGAAGAUCAUCAGUGGCCAGCAGCUUCCCAAACCACCAGACUCUAUGUUGGGGGACCGAGGAGAGAUCAUUGACCCGUUUGUAGAGGUGGAGAUCAUCGGCCUGCCAGUGGACUGCUGCAAGGAGCAGACUCGAGUAGUGGACGACAACGGGUUUAACCCCGUGUGGGAGGAGAACCUGUCCUUUACCCUCCACAUGGCGGAGGUGGCUCUGGUGCGUUUCCUCGUCUGGGACCAUGACCCCAUCGGACGAGACUUUGUGGGCCAGAGGACUGUGGCCUUCAGUAGCCUGAUGCCAGGUUAUAGACAUGUGUACUUGGAGGGGUUGACUGAGGCGUCAAUCUUUAUCCACGUAUCAGUUCAUGACAUCUAUGGGAAGUGGAAUCCACUAGUCCUGAACCCCAGCUUUACCAUAAUGCACUUUCUAGGAGCCCACAAGGGUCGUCAGCUGCGCGGCAUCAGGGGCUUAUUUAACAGGCCCUCUAAGUCGUCAGUAGACACCAGCUGUAGUUCGGCCCUCAGGAAACGCUCCAUCAGUGACCACCUCCUCCGACGCACCGCCAGCGCCCCCGCCAACCGUCGCAAGAAAACCAAGAUGAAGCUCGCUGAGUCCUCCACCUCCAUAUCGGACCGCAAGGCCUCCAUAUCAGACGGCAAGGACAGAUUGUGGGCCGGAGCAGGGGCUGGGGGGGAGGGGUCCCAGAACAGGGAAAGGGACAGGGAGGGGGUAAUGGUGGAGAGACGCCCAACACCCCUCACCCACAGGCCCAUCUCCAUGCCCCUGGAGAGGCUACUGCAGGGACAGCUCUCCCUCUGCUCCCCCGACCAGGAGCAGCCUGACCUGGGUGCAGACACACUCAUCGGAAUGUCCCCCUUUAACCAGCCCAGGUCCCACUCUGUGGAACUCGUCGUCGAAUCAGCCGCCUCCCUUGAGCACAAAGUGUUCACCCCUUCCAUCAAUCACAACAACGCACAGGAUAACACCACAGAGUCUGACCAAUCAGAUGAGACCUCCUACCUGGUCAUUGGCCGAGGAGGAGGAACUGUAGAUGGUGACUCCAAAGACCAAUCACAAGACAGAGUCAACCCACCCAGCAAAGCUGAGGACGUUUCUUCUCGCCAAAGGACAUUGUGUCACCUCAGCAGCUCAACAGAGACAGAGAGCAACUGUUUACACGUACCAAGUGAGAGCAGACCAGAGACAACAUUACUUAGUACAACAAACACAGCAACUUCCUCCUCUCCUUCCUCUGAGCUCCCCAUCUCCCUACUGAAUGUGGACCGGUCCGAUCUGCAGAUCCCCGUCCCCCUACAGGACAGCAUCAUCUCACAUCUCAUUGACGCCGUAUCCCUCAGCAACGAUACCACCUACGGGUCUAUUUCCGCUCUGAUUGGUCAGUUUGACCUCACCGGCGACCAGAAUGAUUUCACAAUGAACUCUGACCCCCACACCCUCAGUGUCAUGUCCUGUCUGUCCGAUCCUGCUGUCUGGGACUCCAGCACACCCUAUAAGGUUACCAUAGACUAUACCACCCGAUAUAAAGACCCACACACCAUCUCCUCCCCCCGCAAGGCAAUGAACGGACCUAUCACUCCUCGAAAAGCAAGCCAGACCCCUAACCACGCGAACCAGAAUCUACUCUCACCCCACCCCAAAACCUCCCACACAGACCCCAAUGCCCCUCUUCUCUUCUCCAGUCCUGAGACCACGGAGCUGGAGGAGGUCUAUACCAUCCUGGAUGAGGAGGUCUUGUCUCCAGUCUCUGUCUACAACCUGAAGAAGCAGACCAUCGGCAACAUCCAGGCUGACUCUGAGGAGAGCACACCCAUGGGAAGCCUGGAGCCUUCCCCAGCCAAGGUGCCUCCUCUCCUGGGGGUAGAAGGCAAUGGCAGCUGGGUGGGCUCACGGAGGGGUGUGGUGGAGGAGAAAGGAGAGGGCUACGGGGGUGAAUGUGAUCCUAAAAGGUUGGGGUCAGUGGGAGAGUGGGGGUUGUCGUGGGGUUACACGUGCCCGUCCAACAACAGUACAGUGUCUGACCAAUUCCUGUUGUGCCAUGACACGGAAGGAAGUAGUCUGAUGGAGGUUAACGUGGAUGAGGAUCCACUGGAGAUGACCCUGACAUUACCGGGACACAACCAUACCUGGGUCGCUACCAGCCCAACCAAAUGCUACGCUGCUCCUCAACUCCAGCUCUCCCAAUGUUCUUCACCCUUCAAACAGCCCUCACACCAGCCCUCCCCUCGCCAAGCCCCAUUGACAACCCCUCAAACUCAGCCCUCCCCCCUGCAAAGGGCCCCCCCAACCCCAGCCCCCUCCUCCUGAACAGCCAUCCUUCCACUCAUAGCAGACACAUUACCAGAGCCUUCACCCAGCAGCACAGUUACAGUGGUCCCACCCAGCCUCAGACCAGGAGGUACCAGGGUGGGACAGGGGAAGUACAGGGUCAGGGAGAAGCAUCAGCCUGCUUC